AUGAGGCUCGCUAUACUUCGCGUUUUGGCCGUGUAUCUAUCGUCUGCUGCUUUGGUCGUUGCCCAGUCCCAGACCGAAGAUCCGGGUCCUAGUCCAGCUGCCUCAAUCGGUUGCGUACCGCAUAAUGAUCACUGGGAUUGUGAAGGUCCUCGGGUCACAAGUUCAAUGAUAACGACGACAUCAGCCAUUCCCGCCGCGUCAGAAUCCACCCACGAUGAGAAUGCGCCAGUGACUGGCUCAAACCUUGACCCUGGCCCGAGUCCAACUGCUUCGAUCGGCUGCGUACCCCAUGGCGAUCAUUGGGACUGCGAAGGCCCGGCGCCUGUUUCUGCUGCUUCUAGCAGUGGUAGUGACAGUGGUAUCCUCGCUACCGCUACAUCUACCGCUACAACCGCCGCCACCGCUAGCAGCAGCGUAAAUGCCGCGGCUGCUGGGACAUCCGGUUCUAGCACCAGCUCCGCUCCGGCCCAGUAUACCGGUGUUGGUAGCGUCGUUAGCCUUGAACGUUACUUCGUCGCUGCGUUGGAAGCGGUUGUCAUGGGCGUUGGAAUCUUCUUUGCCGCCGCUUAA